UCGAUUUAUUUUCUUUUAUUAAAUUUAUAUUUUAUUUUGGUGUUGAGUUUUCAAAUGCUUGAAAGUGCUGUAAAACGAUGUUUUGUGUGGGUGAAUAGCACUUUCUAGUCAGCUGACGUCAUUUGCCCAUAAAAAUAAACAAUAUUGCCGUUUGUUUAUGUGCCAAUUUAAAGUUUCGUGAAUGAUCAUAUAAACCCUAUAACACUGGCUCAGCCCUGGCCCUUUAAGCCGAACAGACAAAUCUGAAACUAAAAUGCAAAGAAGCUGAAGGAGUCCUUACUUUAUUUUCGAAUAAAAUAAUUGAAAUUUUUCCUCAUUUCGUGACCUUCGACUUACCAUGAACCGUUCGGAUUCCAUACCCAUACGGCGUGAUCGCUCUUUUGACAGCGUUCUCAAUCGUUUGCUACGGAUGCGCUCACAAAAUCAUGAAAGCUUUCGCGCCGCCAUGUACAAUUUUCUAAUUGCAGCGGGCGUGGCUGCUUUUGUUGCUGUUUGCUUCAUUCUUGGUCCCUUUGUACGACCGCUGCUCUGGGCCUUCCUCAUGGGCGCCGUCCUGUUUCCAUUUAAACGUAAGCUGGCCGAGUUGCUAAACAAUUGGUUUCAGCGUUUAGAGGAGCGAGAUUCAAAUGUGCUCGUCUCAAUUUUUCUGGCGCCGCUGGAGGCCACCGAGCAUUGCGGUCGUUUGCUAAUCAACUGGCUCUGCGAACAUUGGCAGUUGCUUUCAUCCGGCUGCGGCGUCGCCAUCUGCAUAAAGCUGCUCGUUUUGUAUGCGCCCAGCGGAUUCUUAAUGGCCCUCUGGCACUGGAUAACCUUCUCGCAUGGCUUGUUUGUGACCAUCAUUGGCUUCCUCAAUGUAUACGUGCUCAUCACUUUAAUUGUCAUCUACUUGUCGUCCGUGCACUUCUUCUGGAAGCCGGAGAACAGCGCGCAUUUUGUGGUUGCCGGCCAGUCCAUGUGGAUAGCCAUUGCCAGCUAUUUGUGUAGUUUUCUGGGCGCAAUUCAGGUGCCGGCCCUGCUGCUGGUCAUGUGCUACGUUAUUGUGUCCACAGGGUAUCAUCUGCAGACGAAUCAUGAUCAUGAUUCGAGCUCCUUUUUGGAUCGCCUGCAGAAGCUUUUUGAUCGAAAUGAUUUUGAGAAAUCCCUCAGCAUUAGUCGCAAACCUGCUGGCGAACCGACACUACAAUCCGACGUAGAAGAUAUCUCUUUAAGCGAUACCGUAGAUUCCGAAGAUACAUUUGAUGCAAAGCCAGCCGAGGAGACUGUUGGACAUCAAAGCGAUACAUACUUUAAGCUGUUGUUCUAUGCUUGCCUCGGCACCUUUUUGUAUCGCAAUAUUUGGAUGUUCAUCCUGGCUGCGGUGCCAGUGUUUCUACAUCUACUUUAUACUGCCAGCAGCUAUACGGGGAUAACCCAGUUUGUGUGCAACAAGAUCAACGAUGCUUACCACGCUUUGAAAGGUUGGGCUUUGGAUCAUCAUUCAGCUGUGCUGCCUCUGUGUCUGCCUGGCGUGUUGGAGCUUAACUACAAGAUCAACUGCAUUGUCCGAGAUUCAUUGAAAUCAUCUGUAGAGUCAGUCACAUCCAUUCUAAUGAUCAUACUCAUGCUGCUCAUAAUCAUAUUUCUGAGUGUGUUCUUUUGCGUAAACAUCUACUCAGAGACUAUUGAGGUCGCAUACCUGGGCAAAGAUCUAAUUAACAAGACAAUCACAGAUCGUCCUGAGCUAAUUGAUAUUUUGCCAGCCAAUAUACAAGCGUCCAUUGAUGAUGCGCUCGAUAAUGCGCAUCAUUAUGGCCGCCGUAAGAUUGAGACCUAUAUUGAUGAUUGGUUAGCCGAUGCGGAUAAGGUGCAUGCCACCAAGUUGAAAGAGCAAAUCCUCGAUGUCUGGGAUAGACUCAUACAGUAUUGGAUUGAUUUCAAUAAGGCGGGCACAUCAUAUGGGCCGCGUGUACCAACGGACGCGCUAAAGAGCACCUUCGGCGAGAUAGUCGAUAAUCCAGGACAUUUUAAAGAGCUAGUUUUAGUGGCUAAACAGGGCAUCAUUGGCUGGGCGCAAAGCAAUACUCAAACGAUAUUGGAGGUCGCUGAAUCCCUAUGGCAUAUCAUACGCACGAAUCUCUCGAUGAUAAUGGGCGUGACUGGUGAGAUACUGUCGCUGCUGCUGUCGGGCGGACAGGCGUGUAUAGAAUUCAUAUUGGAUAUGAUUGUCUUCUUCACUGCCUUGUUCUAUCUGCUGUCCAGCAGCCAGGAGAAAUAUGCACCCAUGCAGAUCACCAAAUAUAUGGGAUAUUCUACAUCGGGCAUUAAGGUCGCUGAUGCGUUGGAGAAUUCCAUAACUGUUGUGCUCGUUUCCAUGUUCAAGUGCUCCACCUUUACGGGUCUGUUCACAUGGCUGGUGCAUACGGUGUUUGGCGCACGCAUUGUUUUCCUGCCUUCCGCAUUGGCUGCCUUGUUGGCGGCAGCUCCAUUUUUGGGCAGCUAUUGGUGUGCUGUGCCCGCCUUUUUGGAGCUUUGGCUGGCCCAAGAUCGUUUCUAUGCGGGCCUCAUACUGUUCCUCUUACAAUUCUUUGUACCCUCGUCCUUUGAGACUGCCAUCUAUGCGGAUCUUAAGGGUGGAGGUCAUCCCUACCUCAAUGGCCUGGCCAUAGCGGGCGGCAUGUACUGGAUUGGGUGGCAGGGCGCCAUAUUUGGUCCACUCAUGCUCUGCUUCUUCAUUGGCCUCUUUGAAGUGGCCACCCUAGCCAUGCGAACGCAUCAGGAGCCCAGGCGCAGCUCGGAUGAGGAGACGCGCACUACUCUAAAACUUGAUUCCUUCAACAAUCAAAACGAGAAUAAAGCCGAAAACGAAAACAAAUGUAAUGAAAAGGUUCCCACAGUGCUGGAUGCCACGCCUAGUCGCAGUGGAAAGCGCGUGGGAAAACCGGUUGUAAUGAAAAUUAUAACAAAAAUGCUGCAGCCACUGGACACGCUUAAAAGCAGUUGAAAUUUGUAUAGUUUUUUUCCUCUUUUAUUGUUAUG